AAGCGCGCGCUGUGAUGAUGUCACGACGCUGACGCCUGAGGAUGGCGGCGGCGGCGACCCUGUCCGCGGUCCGGGGAGGGUCAGCACAGCCGCCGAGACGCCGAAGACCUUGCCGCCCGUGCGAGGUGUAGACGGGGCACUGCCUGCAGAGCAGGUCCUGCCAGCCUCGUUGGAGAGGAUGCCCCCGUGUCCGUGAUGGGCUGUGGGACAAGCAAGGUCCUUCCUGAGCCGCCAAAGGAUGUCCAGCUGGAUCUCGUCAAGAAGGUGGAGCCCUUCAGUGGCACUAAGAGUGAUGUGUACAAGCACUUCAUCACAGAGGUGGACAGUGUUGGUGCUCUCAAAGCUGGGUUCCCAGCAGCCAGUCAGUGUGCAAACCCCUGCCCUGGUGCCCCCACUGCCGGCCACACAGAGCCUCCCUCAGAACCACCACGCAGGGCCAGGGUGGCUAAGUAUAGGGCUAAGUUUGACCCACGUGUGACAGCCAAGUACGACAUCAAAGCCCUGAUUGGCCGAGGCAGCUUCAGCCGGGUAGUACGCGUGGAGCACCGUGCAACCCGGCAGCCGUAUGCCAUCAAGAUGAUUGAGACCAAGUACCGGGAAGGGCGAGAGGUAUGUGAGUCAGAGCUGCGUGUGCUGCGCCGGGUGCGUCAUGCCAACAUCAUCCAGCUGGUGGAGGUGUUUGAGACGCAGGAGCGUGUGUACAUGGUGAUGGAGCUGGCCACUGGUGGAGAGCUCUUUGAUCGCAUCAUCGCCAAGGGUUCUUUCACUGAGCGUGAUGCCACACGGGUGCUGCAGAUGGUGCUGGACGGUGUCCGAUAUCUGCAUGCGCUGGGCAUCACACACCGAGACCUCAAGCCCGAGAAUCUGCUUUACUACCACCCAGGCACUGACUCCAAGAUCAUCAUCACUGACUUCGGCCUGGCCAGUGCCCGCAAGAAGGGUGAUGACUGCCUGAUGAAGACCACUUGUGGCACACCCGAGUACAUUGCUCCCGAGGUCCUGGUCCGCAAGCCCUACACCAACUCAGUUGACAUGUGGGCACUGGGUGUCAUUGCCUACAUCCUGCUCAGUGGCACCAUGCCCUUUGAGGAUGACAACCGCACCAGGCUGUACCGGCAAAUCCUCAGGGGCAAGUACAGUUACUCGGGGGAGGCUCUCUCCCCUAAGGUCCUCUUUCCUGCUGCUCAGCCCCCACCCAUCCCCUGCCAGGUCCUAGGGUGGUGGAUUCUGUUUGGUGUGGAAGCCCAGGCACCAGGAUGCCCUGGCCCAGUGUGUCUAACUUGGCCAAGGACUUCAUUGAUCGCCUGUUGACGGUGGAUCCUGGCGCCCGUAUGACUGCACUGCAGGCCUUGAGGCACCCGUGGGUGGUAAGCAUGGCAGCCUCUUCAUCCAUGAAGAAUCUGCACCGCUCCAUCUCCCAGAACCUCCUCAAACGUGCUUCCUCCCGCUGCCAGAGCACCAAGUCGGCCCAGUCCACGCGUUCUAGCCGCUCUACGCGCUCCAACAAGUCACGCCGUGUGCGUGAGCGGGAACUGCGGGAGCUCAACCUGCGAUACCAGCAGCAGUACAACGGCUGAGCUGCUGGCUACGGCGCAGACAUGCCAUGGUCCCAGCUUGGCCGUGCAUCACUGUGCCAUCUGGCCCUGAUGCCCUCUCUGGAGAUAGGCCUGUAUGGCCGGCAGCAGGUGAAUGGCCCUACCCACUUCUCUUCAGCAGCCCCCAUCCUCAUCCUGGGCCUGAGCCUGGUGUGACCAAGUGGAGGGAGCCUGGGGACGUGUGAGCCCUCUGAACUGGCACCGGUGCUCCUUUUGGUGGGCAACUGCUCUGCUACCAGUUGGGAAAAGGGCAGGACCUGGCCUCGGGCUCUUUCACCCCUUGGCUCUUCCCCAAGACCGAAGAGGCAAGCUGUGCCAGGUAGAGGGUGUCCUGUUGUCCCAGGACUCUUUGGGACAGUUACUUCUGAAACCCUCUUUCCUCCACUGAACCUUCAUCUCUGGCCUCCCACAUUCCAUUGCAUCCUGAUCUGUAACACAGAGAGAGGCCCAGGUAGGCCCAAAGCUUGUGUCUUGGCUGGACUCCCAGCUAAGUCUAAACAGUCUCCCACCUCUCACCCAAGAUCUGUCUUCCUUCCUGGUACCCCCAGAGGCCCCUCCUGGACUCAGGACUGGCUAGAACCUCUGGUGGUAGGGCCAUGGCAUAGUCCUUGGCCCUUCUGGACUGUGUGGCCAUGUUGGUAGCAGGCUUGCUCCAGGCUCUAACCUCUCUCUGACAGUGGGAGGGAGAGCUCCUGCCCACCAGCCCAUUGCUCUCAGUGCCUUCUUUGCAGAGCCCACUAUCACUUCUUUCUCCCCCUUGGAUGCCCAUUCUAUUCCCUAGGUGCCUCCUUCCCAACUGUGGGGGAUUAAAGGGAGCCCCACUGCUGCUACCUGGGGAAUGGGGGCACCUGGGCCAAGGUACAGGCCAGGGGCUUCCCAGGGAGAGCCCCAUCAAUAUUCCAGUGUCAGCCCUGGUUCUACCCUUGGUACUGCCCAAUGUCCCUUCCCUUCAGGCUCUGCAGUGGCAUAAAGGCGCCAUCUAGUGUCUGGCAUGACUAUGGGCAGCCUGGGAAUGACCACUGUGCUCACCCUUCAUCUUCUAGAGGAAGUGGGAAGGAAGGAGCUGCUGUGUUGAGGAAAGGUCCCAGGCUGCUCAGCCCUCCCCUUCUGCUGAGCUUCUGCACAGCUCCAGUUGGAACUUAGCCAUACUGUGUGACCUGCCUCUGAACCCUGAGUGCCUGGGACCCUGGCCUUCUCACAACUGGCCUUGCUUGGGCCAGCCUGUCCUUGCUUCCUUUCACAGCAUUACCUGUCCAGCCUGGGCCCUGCCGAAUCUUAGGUUGGAGGGAGCUCCUGCAGGAGGUGGGUGGAAUUGGGUGGCUGCUCUCCCGGAGGCCUGAGCCAGACCAUCCCCGUGUUAGUCAAGGUGCCUCCCCACCACCACAAACAAGGCUGGAACCCAAGUCCCCUUCUUCCUCAGCUGCUUUCAGUGGCAGGAAAGGAGGUGUGGCCCAGCUUUAGCUGUAGCUAGAUUGCAGGGCCUCUGCCAGCUGGGAGAGACUGGCCCUCACUCAGUUUUUCCCAGUGGGUAGCCUUGGGCCAGGCCCUCCUCUUUCUGCAUCUGCCCACCUCCAGUGGGAAACAAGGCCAAAGAGAACACUCUGGGCCAAGUCGACUGCCUUAAACAUUCCCUCCUAUCCUCAGUGCUCCUGGCACAAGGCAGCAGAGAGCCCAAGUCCUGUGGCCUCAGAAUUCCCCUCACUUCCCCAAGUGCCUCUGGAGGCCUGAACCCUGGGGAUUUAUUUCCUCUCUUGUCCAAGAUAGGCCUGACCCUAAGGGUAGGACAGAGGGAGGUUGGAGACAUGGGCCUUUAUGCCAUGGACCGUAGAUGGAGAGUGUGCAGUUAUUUAUUUUGUGUACUCAGUUUGUAAAUGUAUCCUCUGUACUCAAUAAACAGGCUGCCCUCCCCAGGGAAGGCUGCCCAUCCAUUCUGACA